CCGGAUGUUCGGCGGCGCCAUCUUGGGGAAGGAGCACGGAGCCGGAAGCGGCGCUGCUAUGUCGUGUUCACUGUGAAUAUGAAUGAUAUUCAUACUGUGCAUCAAAAUAGAAAUCGCGCAGUGAUGUGAGUUUUCUGUCUUGUGUUUGAAGUCUGCUUCGUUCUGGAAUACAGCAAAGUGUUCCUGCAUCGAAGCAAGGGAAGCUGGGAUGGCAACAUCUGCUAAAAGCUGAAAAUGGAAGACAGCGAACCUGAUGAAGUGGAUAAACUGAAGGCGAAGUUUAUGUCAGCAUGGCACAAUGUGAAGUACAGCUGGGUUGUGAGAACCAAAACAAAUUUUAGCAGAAACUCGCCUGUCUUUUUGCUCGGAAAAUGCUAUCAUUUCAAGUCAGAGGGAAGGGAUGAGAGUGCAUCAGGCUGCAUAGAUGCAGCUGCAAGCACUGAAACGGUUUUGUGUAAUGUGAAUCAAUUCCGUAAGGACUUCAUCACUAGGAUCUGGCUAACGUACCGCCGUGAGUUCCCACAGUUAAAAGGGUGCACACUCACAACAGACUGCGGCUGGGGCUGCACGCUGAGAUCUGGUCAAAUGUUGUUGGCCCAAAGCCUUCUGCUCCACUUUCUUGGGCGAGAUUGGCUUUGGCCGGAUGCACUUCAAAUGGUUACUUUAGAAUCUGAGCUAUUCAAAGCUAAGUCAUCAACAAUGUCUGAUAGUGAUGCAGGUUUUACCUUCCUGCCACCUUUAGGAAGACCACUACAGGAUAUGAGUGAACAGCUGGGUUCAUUGGGUAACAAGAAACAAACUCUGAAGUUAAAUCCUGUCAAUACAGCAAGUGAGGAUGAGAAGUUGCAUAGGAAAAUAAUCUCCUGGUUAGCAGACAACCCAGCAGCUAUAUUUGGAAUGCACAGACUGAUAGAGCUGGGAGAAAACUCUGGCAAGCGAGCUGGGGAUUGGUAUGGGCCAGCUGUUGUUGCCCACCUUUUAAGGAGAGCGGUGGAAGAUGCAGUGGAGCCCGAGCUGCAAGGAAUAACAGUUUACGUUGCUCAGGACUGUACGGUUUAUAUUGCUGAUGUAAUAGAAAAACACUUGCAAGCUAUUGGAUCUGGAAUACCCAAGUCAUCAGACAAGAGAGCUGUUGUUAUCCUAAUACCAGUAAGACUUGGAGGGGAGAAGGUCAACCCCGAGUACAAAGAGAUUGUAAAGGGGAUCUUGAGUCUUGAGUUCUGCGUUGGAAUUAUUGGUGGAAAACCAAAACAGUCUUUCUACUUUGUAGGAUUCCAAGAUGACAGUUUGAUAUACAUGGAUCCUCAUUAUUGCCAAUCAUUCGUGGAUGUCACAACAAAGGAUUUUCCACUUGAGUCAUAUCACUGUCCUUCUCCGAAAAAGAUGUCAUUUAGUAAAAUGGAUCCCAGCUGCACCAUCGGGUUUUACUCGCAUAAUGAAGAUGAUUUUGAAAAAAUAAUUGAUGAGGUAACAAAGGUUCUGAAUUCACCGUCUUCCAAGGAGAAAUAUCCACUGUUUACUUUUUCCAGGGGACAUGCUAGAGAUUAUGAUAUUGAUAAACUUUCCACGCCAAAAACUGAUUCAGCUGUACAGCCCUCAGAGACUCAAAGGAGGAAAGCGGAGAGAUUGAGUAAUGAGGAGUUUGUCUUGCUCUAACGGAAUUUCACGGUCAAUGCAGUGGACUACCCUGUCAGUGCUGGCAUCUGCUGUGGGUAUCCAUUCGUACUGAUAUACAAAGAAUCUGUAAUUAUAUAGCUUGAUGCUGCUGAUUUAAAAAUACUUUGCUAAGAUACAAAGUGGAUAUUUUAUUGUAUAUAUAAAAAAGUAAUCUUCCCUGAAAUGAUAGUUUCUCACUAUGUAUAGUAAUGAAAAUAAACUUUUUUUUAAUUGACCAUA